AUGUUGCACGAUUCUCCGAUCGACGUCGUCCGAUUAAUUGAAGAGGACGAUGGUGACGACUCGUAUGGGGAUGAUGAUGAAAAUGACUGGUGUGGUAAUGAUGACGACUCAUAUGAUGACGAUGAUGUUGGUGAUGACGAUGACUCGGAUGACUCGGAUGACUCGGAUGAUGAUGAUGAGGAGGAUGAUGAUGAUGAUGAUGAUGAUGAUGAUGAUGACUCGGAUAAUGAUGACUCGGAUGAUGAUGUUGAUGAUGGUGAUUUGGAUGAUGAUGAUGAUGAUUCGGAUGAUUCGGAUGAUGAUGAUGAUGAUGAUGAUGAUGAUGACUCGAACUGGAAACAUUCGGUUUCGGACUUCAAACCCUUAACCCUGAGUUACAUGGUCGAUGCAUUCAACAAUUGGGGAAUUUCCCCAGGAGUGAAACCCAUGCGCGAGACCAUCAACAGUGCCUGGUGCCUGUAA